GCAAAACAGGGGAAGGACCGCGGAAACGCGCUCCAAUGAAAAAGUUGACUUGUUCUCCCACCAGAUUCCCCAACCAAACGCAAUUGAUGUGAGCAGAGGUGCAUACGAGCACUUCUUUCCCCCUGUUGCACCCUCACACUGCACUUAUUCACCUUUAGUUUAUUUUUAUGAAUGAUUAUCUCUCGCAAAACAUCCUUGGAUACUUCGGCUACACCACGAACUCACCUCGGCACAUCUUUCCUGAAGUAUAAACGCCAUCAAGACUUCAACCACAAGCGCACUUGGGGAAAAUACUCUAAAAACUUCACAUUUUCUUCUCUAACUGACGCUGAAGUAAAGCUCAACAUGUCUAUCACAAGUCUGAAGUCUGAUUCCGAGACGAACAACGUUUCCAUAGAAGAGGAGGUAAGAAUAUGGUCUUUGGUGGUUUUUUUUACUUGUCAUAAAAGUUCUGUAUCAGAAUGUCUUUGUUUGGAACCGGUUGUGAGUGUGCCUACGAAGUCUAGUCUGGAAGAGAUGCAAAGUAGCCUACAAAUUGAUUUCCUCCCCCUAAUUGUAGGCUAAUUCAUGUUAGACUGAUUCAAAACCCAUUGCAAGAGAAAAAGGGUGUGAAGUUAUAUCUAGGUAUGGUUUUCUUAAGUCGUUCGUUUCCAUUGGAGGUUCUGAAAAGGGUGUGCCUCAGUUUUUUUUAAAUGGACGUUUACAUUUUUAUGAUUGAAAGUAAAAGGAUUGUUUUUUGCGGGGGUUGGUGUCUUUAAAUUAGGUCUACAGUAGAUAAUUGUUAUGGCGAACGUGAAAUAUUGGGUUAGACUAUAGCCUAAUUGCCAUGAACAUUUUGGCAGAAUUUCAGGAUUUAUUUUGAUUUAUUUGCUUUUAAAGUCUCAAAUCUAUUCAAUUUUAAAUAUUACAAUUGUAGAUCUAUAGGUUAGGCUUCAUUUUAAACAUUUUAACAAAUCCGCAGUAGGCCUAUGAAUUGAUCAGGUUUGUCUGUCCUGUAGCUUUAUGGACAGACCCACCUGAUUUCAUAUACUGCCGAUGAACUUCAGCGCACACUAUCUGCCCCCUCUUACAGAACCGGACUUUAUUUUGCCAUCACACACAUUUCGUAUCCUAAUCUGAUCUGUGGUCAGUAAAAAAUGUAAAAUGUAUUUCCAAUCUUGCAGUGUAAAUAAAUAAAAUAAAUGUCCUCUGGUCUGGACAUUAACUGGAUAGAUCCACGAAAUCCACCAACGUUGGGUAGGUAGGCUUACAGCAAGUGGAUGGAUGGAUUGCCAAAAGGACUUCAUAAUUUCCCUUGCAUAUCCCAAUCAAUUAUUUUAAUUUUGUUCCAGAUUCAACCAUAUACCUUAUUUUGCGUUUGCCUUGUAUUAUUUAGGCCCUGUAACCUACACACUUGAGUGUAUUUUUGAUUAACCUUCAACAAAUAUUCAAUUGUCCAAGAAACCAUAUUGUUCUAAGGUUAAACCAUUUUUUAAAUGACAAUCAUAAUAUGAAAUCUUUUAACAGUAAUGCUUAUUUUCUACUCCGUAGUCAGAUGUUCAAAUUAGGCCGAUGAGUUAGUCUAGAUGGGACGGGGCUGACAGUACGUGCCAUAGACUUGCAUGGGAGUUCUGUCGCAGGAGCACCUGAAAUGUUGCCGCUGUGGUUCGGAGGCGCGGGUCAAAGGAAGGAAAUGGUGUCACACUGUGCACUGUUGUCCGCCGCUGUUCCUCUGGCAGUCCAUUGUGCUGCACGGGCCUCCCCACAGAGUGGGAACCAAUGGCCCUUCUGUAGGCCUGUUUAUUUCCUCAGCCACUGCAGGCUUCAAUGGACAACAUUACAGGCCCAUGUUUGGGUUGGAUUCACAUGUGGAAAUCCGUCCCUUUUUCCCUCUCACUAAAUGGAUCGCAGCAUUUACACAGGCAGCCCAAUUCUGAUUAUUUGUUUCACUAAUUGGUCUUUUGGCCAAUCAGAUCAGCUCUGAAGAUCUGACGUAAAAAGAUCUGAUGUGAUUGGUCAAAAGACCAUUUAGUGGGAAAAAAAUAUCAAAUUGGGCAGCCUGUGUAAACGCAGCCUGAGUCAUGAGGGGCAGCACAUCACUACUUUGUUCUUAAAGACAACACCACCAUUUUAGGUCGCCGUAGCACAUCGUCCUUUGUUAUUGCUUUUUUAUGCUGCAUGUUCAAGGAUUUGGGCCGACAUCUGGGGGCUUGUAGAGUGAGCAUUCCUUCAGUAGCCUAGUCAUUGUGGUGUGGCGGUACUAGUUAGAGUGGUGUGGCGGUACUAGUUAGAGUGGUGUGGCGGUGCUAGUUAGCGUGGUGUGGCGGUGCUAGUUAGCGUGGUGUGGCGGUGCUAGUUAGCGUGGUGUGGCGGUACUAGUUAGCGUGGUGUGGCGGUACUAGUUAGCGUGGUGUGGCGGUACUAGUUAGCGUGGUGUGGCGGUACUAGUUAGAGUGGUGUGGCGGUACUAGUCAGAGUGGUGUGGCGGUACUAGUUAGCGUAGUGUUGCCCAGAAGCGCUCCAUUAUCUCUAUGUAGGAAAAUGGUUUGGUUGUGUCACUAAGCAAGUGGUAUAGAGCUUUAUUCAGUCAACUAGGAAUAGGUUAGUCUGUUAGGAGAUUAAUGUCAAAACUGUCCUUUGUACAGUACAGAAAACAUCUCAAUUUGUUUUGACAUUUCAAACUGCAUCAGAGGUGGACAAUCCUCCCCUGCCGACGACCGGUCUGUGUGCAGGUUUUAGCCAAGCAGUAACACCUGAUUCUGCAAGUUCUUGACAAUAACAGAUCGCAAAGAAUAUUUGAACAUAUCAAGACGGUGCUCCAUUUUCAGGAGCAAGAUUGUGUGCACAAUAUCCCAUAAUAUGUUAAUGAGUAGAACCUGGCCAAUGAAUCUGUCCUUCAGUCACGAUUCUAUGAUAUAUAAUAUGCCAUUUAGCAGACGCUUUUAUCCAAAGCGCCAGUCAUGCGCGCCUAUAUUUUCCGUAUGGGUGGGAGAUGAACCCACUAUCCUGGCGUUGCAAGCGCCAUGCUCUACCAACGGAACCAUACAGGACCACAUUGCCAUACAGUCUUCUCUAAUGUUCAUGACUGAUUCUAUUAAAAUGUAUAAGGGUUUUCCUAUAAAAUAAAAAUCAUUUGAAUCCUAUGCUCUGGCCGCAGUUUUUCAAGGUAUCUAGCCGUAUUUCCCCUAUCAGAUAGGAUUAAAUGCACAGAAAUAGAAUGCUGAUUCAUCCAUUCUAUUACUAUGCAUUUAAUCCUGUCCGAUAGAUGAAAUCCGGAUAGAUAACUUUUGAAAAACGGGGCCCUGGAGAUAGUCUAGACUGUUUUUCAUUGAGUUUUGUUUUCCAGGUACGAACACUCUUUGUUAGUGGCCUACCAGUGGAUAUCAAACCUCGUGAACUGUACCUGCUGUUCAGACCAUUUAAGGUAAGCAUACUCUUGGGAUUAGUUACUGAGGCGAUGGAAGAAUUUGGCCUCCAUAUUUUCGUAAUUGUCCACUGCAACGGAGACAGCAGACAGUCCACUCUUGUCAUUGGCUUUUCUGUUCCGUUUUAAUUUCCUGCAUUUUAAUUCUCAGCAUUUUCAAAUUAAAACAUUUCAUAAUGGGAAUAAACAAAGGACAUAUUAUCAGGAGUAUUCUUUGUAAACGCACGUGUCAACGGACAGCAUCGGGUGCCAAUAACGUAGCUUAGCUGAAUUUAGUCCCUUAAGUGUUUUGACGUUUUUGCAAAAGCAACAGCCCAUAUGGUUAAUUAUGUUGUGAUUAUCAUCUUACAAUACCACGGAAGACUCCAGAAAUAUUAAAAGGAGUAACACUAAAUCACUGUUCAUCUACAAUAUAUUGUUCAUUAUUAAUCUACAUGUACAGUUUCAUAACCCACCCCCACCCUCCCUCAGACCAAAAUGGAAGUGGUAGCCAUCACACAUGGAUGGUCUUGUGGAAUGUGGAAAUGAGUAGCACUGCUAUUGGCCAACUAUCCCGGUGACCCAACUCCCCUCCAGGUCAGGAAGAUUAGGAUUCUUCCAUUUCGUUUUGCGUGUGAUUCGGGCCAAGCUUUCAAAGCAGUUCUAUGAAAUCACUGAAACCAGGCCGUUCUCCAUGUCUGUUUUCAUAGAUUAGAUUCCAUUGUAUAUAUUGUUUGCCAUAGACUGGCUGUAGUCUAUACUCUCUGCUGUUGUAUCAUUCUGUAUAUUGGAUCUGAAGCUUGAUUUUGGCAGUGGACCUCCCAACCCUCCCAGCUGCUUUACUGUUUUUCCCAGAACACAAAAACCUAAGGCCCACAUGCUUUUUAAUGAUUUGUAUGAAGCAAAGUAGAUGGGAUUCAGCUGCUUCUGUUAUUAGUUGUAUGUAUUUAGUGUUACAUUUGUGUUGAAGGUGGUUUGGAUUUCCUGACAGGAUUGAAACACUCCCAACUUCACAUCGGCUUAAGUUGUUUAAUUUCCCAUGUCUGUAUAUCAGGAUUAGAAGAUCUCUCAUCCAUCAAUACCACAGUCAGGCCAACAUCCACUACAUUCCCCAGGAAUCUGACUCAUCCUGACAUCCAAACCAAAGAUUUAUUGGCCAAUUUUUAUAACAAUGACUAAGAAUGAUUCACAUUAAUAGUAAUUCACUAGCUGUUGAACAGCCUAUGAAGUUCUGGCAUAGUUCAGGAGAAGGUUGGAGCAUCAGUUCACAAACUAGUUAGACCUACACAGUAACAUAAAAUAGUUUCCUUUAAGAUGAGACAAAAAUACAUAAUUCCAGACGGUCUGUGGAUUUCACCAUUUUCUUUAUUGACAUACCUAUAUGGUUAAGCAUGUUACCGUGUGCUUAAUCAUGUGUAUGACGGCCCCCUUUCCAUGCAGCAUAUCAAGUGCGUGACCCCCAAAAUACAAGCGCCACGCUGUCAGGUUUCUCCUCAUAUGGUGAGGGGAGUGUAUGUCUGGCUUCCUGCAUGGGACUUCAUGGUUGUUAAUUGGAGGUAUUUUCUUCUUACAGGGUUACGAGGGGUCACUGAUUAAGUUGACAUCAAAACAGGUGAGAAGCUUUCUGUUGUUACUACAGCGCAAUCAUGGCCCCCUAAUGAAGGCUACAUAUGGAGUAUACCACCUUGGCUGGAGAGUGGAAUUGUUCAGUUUUCCAAUAACAAUUUGGAUUAGCUGUAAUCAAAAAGUGGUACAUAGCUAAUUUAAUGUAGGAUUGCUAACAUUGGUCUAGUUAAUCAUUUUUCAAUAGGUAACAAAACCUUCCCAUGCAGUUGUCACACAUUCAUCUAAUAAGAUUAAACCUUUAUGUGGUUUAGCUUUUGUUGUGAAAUUGUUUCAAACUGAUUGGAAAAAGUGAUUUACUUAUUAUUAUUAUUAUUGCGAUCCGUUUGCGCUCGCCUUGUCUAAUGCAUUUAUGAUUCAGUCACACUGUAUUCUGACCAUUUACCUCAAGUGCACUUGGCCAGUGUUGUUCCUGUGCUAACCUGUGGAGGUGGACGUUAGGCCCCUCUGUCUGAGUGUUCUCUCCUCUCUUCCAGCCAGUUGGGUUUGUCACCUUCGACAAUCGGACUGGAGCCGAAGCUGCCAAAAACGCAUUAAACGUAAGCAUCAGACCAGGCGGACAGUGUUGACAGUAGCCGUGAAUUGUUGCAAUGGCUUCAUCCUCCCUGGACACAAGGACUUUGCCCAAAAUGUGUUGCGUUGUUUGUUAUUUUGUGGCAUAUACAGUAGUUACUCGGUAACACUUUACGUAAAGCCUGCAUGUUUUGUGCUUUAUAACUUGGUAUAAGCAUAAGCCUUUUUAUAAUGUCUGUAACCAUUAGAAGAUUACACCUAAAGGUGGCAUACAUGAUCAUGACGUCAUCGAGUCUUACAGAACUGUCAUAAUGCGUUAUACCUGCAGGCUUUGUGUUAGCGUUACUUUGACUCUGUCUCCUCUGUCCUGUUUCUAACCUGUAAGGUAUGGAUGGGGGUUCACUGCUGGGCUAACUGAUCUCGUCUGAUCACUCAAACAAAGCAUUUUCUCUUACAAUUCAAGGGCAGGGCCAUUUUUGGAAACAGAGACCAGAAUCCUGUAGACUUACGGUAGUUAACCUUGGUAUAAUUGAACACAUCUUUCGUAAUACGGUACAGCUCUCCUAAUUUGCAUAUCACUGCUUAGCCAUAUAAAUAGAUCAUUACAGAGCUACAUUGAUAGUUUUGAACACCUUCUGUAAUAUAACCUCUUACUGUCACUAUGUAGCCACAAUGGCCGUAUCUAACACAGCUCUCAUAGCAUAGUCUUCCUCAUAUGGACGUCACAGCCUGUAGCCACAUAAGCAGUCUCACACUCACACACCAACAUACUCACCUGCAUGUGGGCACAAUGCUUAGGGCACAGAAACACAACCAGGGUCAACCACAUCCAAGGCCAAGUCUUUCACAGCUUCCUCUCCUCCUCGUCUUCUCUCGUCAUGAAAGGGCUCGAUAUGGUGGAAGCAAUAGGCUGAGUACCUAUCCACACCCUGUGCCCUUAAGUGGUCAUGGAGAGGAGAAUACUAGUGCCCUGUAGACUACUUUAAAAAGGAUGCAUCCUUCCACCCUUUUCCUCUUUGACGUCGUCACUGAUCUGAUGCGGUUGGAUUGGUCGAGACAAUAGGGGAAACUUUACUUUUCUUAUCCAGUCACGUAUAGAUCAGUGGUUACCUUAAUGAAGGUGGGGAAACAAGGACGCAUUGGACAAGUAUUGGAGCGGGGCCAAUGGAGAGGGGGUCAUGUAAGGCUGAGACACACUUGCCCUAGGCCUAGACUCACCUAGGCCGCCUCCUUUACAAUCCUGUGUCCCCGUCUCUCCUCUCAGGGCAUCCGUUUUGACCCUGAGUGCCCCCAGACCCUGCGGUUAGAGUUUGCUAAAGCCAACACGAAGAUGGCAAAGAGUAAGCUGAUGGGCACACCGAACCCCACUAAUAUCCACCCUGCUCUAGGAGCUCACUUCAUUGCACGGGACCCAUGUAAGUUGUUACGGCUUCACAACAACACUAUAGCCUCUACCCACUCUCACCACUGUGCCAAUCCUCAGUUACCCCCCCCCCCCUCUCUCUCUUGCUGGGCGCGUUGAAGUAAAACCCACAAUUGGGUGGAAUAAUGAGCUAAAGACUAACUCACCUGCCACAUGCAUGCCUCAUCGGACUGUAGAUGUAGUUAUAAUUUUUUUUCUUCAAUCUAGAAUUUCUACAGUGUCUGUGCUAGUCUGACUCGGCCUAGACUGCAGGUGCCCCCUCUGUUGCCCAUGCACCUGCUUGUUGCCCCUGGGUGAGGAGUGGCACUGGAUGGCCCCGGCCUAGUUAAUGACCUUAUUGAUGUUUAAAUGGUACUGGGAUGACUUCUACCGGGCUUAGUUGUUAUAUUGAUUUGACUUAAAAUCCCAUAAGACCACAAAUGUAUGACUGUAAUUGCUUAACUUCGCUGACUGUAAGUUGGGAUUACUGUCAGCACAUGUAUGUAUGCCAUACUUUUUAUCUGAAAUAUUAACGCAAAGAGGAAAGCAAGACAAUGACGACUUUCCCUACUUCAACUUUACAGUUCACAUGUACUACAUAGAGGAUUCAGUAGGGUUCUGAGUAGUGUUCUAGUUGGUCUUUCAGCUGUCAUUCAGUUAGCAGCUUCUAAUCACUACUGAUAAUGUCAAUGGGGCAUUUGCACAGAUGGUGGUUAUACCCAAUACUGUGUUUUCCCCCAUUUUUUUGCCUCCUGCAUGUUUCCAGAUGACCUGACGGGGGCAGCGUUGAUCCCAGCGUCCCCGGACGCGUGGACCCCGUACCCCCUGUACACCACGGAGCUGACCCCCGGGCUCCCUCACGGCGCCUUCACCUAUCCAGCGGCGGCUGCUGCUGCUGCUGCCCUCCACGCCCAGGUACGGGACCAACCGGUCUCUUUCCUCUUCUCCCCUCUCCUCUCCACUCACUGCAGUUCAGUAAGAAUGGAGGCCAAUAGGCUCUUCCUUGUGCUCUUGACAUCCUCCCAGCGACUGUCAUUAGCCCAAUUCAAUGCCUUGCCACCGUCCGUAAAGGUCGACUCAGCGAUACGACGCCAUCAAACACGUUGGGGUGACUUCCCGCUUGCAGAUGUCAACGGCAACAGAAUUGUUGGCUCUUUUGCAUACUUCCUUGAAGCAUGUCAACUAGGACAAGCUGUUAGUGGCAGUCUUGGCAGAUUAGAAUUGUAUUGUUUUCUGUGAACAGGAAAUUGCCCCGCUGUGUAUGUCAUAUAGUCUUCAAAGCAACUUAUACCACAGAGGAAGUUAUUUCUGACUCACUGAAUAAUUGUUCUCUAUUCUGUUCUCUACGCUAGUAGCAUCCAUUCCUCUGUUCUCUACGCUAGUAGCAUCCAUUCCUCUGUUCUCUACGCUAGUAGCAUCCAUUCCUCUGUUCUCUACGCUAGUAGCAUCCAUUCCUCUGUUCUCUACGCUAGUAGCAUUCAUGUCCUGACAGACUCCUCACACCACAUACUUCCAUCUCCUCACAGCCCCUCCCAUUGGUUCUCACCAGUCACAGCCCCUCCCAUUGAUUCUCACCAGGGAAGAGCCCCACUGCUCCGUAGGUGUCUGGGCCUGAAAGCUGCAAGUGUGACUGGAGGCUUUAAUGCAUCCUCACCUUCAGAGUUCACUUCCUUCCUGCUAAGUCAGUAUGCAGCCUCACACCGUAGGGUCAUUAGGGAGAGGAGUCCAUAGAGAUCCUAUUAAAUUACUUAUUCUAAAUUUAUGGAGGAGACACUCCUACCCAGUGGUGGAAAUGGACUUGACUCAGUUAGGGCAACCCAGGUAGGGAGGUCCGGUGACAGACUGAUGGACGUAUCGCCGGCAACACAGUUUACACACAGAAUCCAGGGGCCACGUUCAGUGGGAAAACAUUGUGACCCGUUGCGGCUAGAAAUAUCAUGAACAGAUGUAAUUCAGCCACAGUUAAUGUCAGAGGCAUGUUUGUUCUUUUAUAUAUUCCUAUCCAAACGUUCGACAAUGUCGUGCCUUGUUGAACGUGGCCCCGUUCUAGGGGGUUCCCCCUCAAUUCCACCACUGCUUCUACCUUCGAGUGAGACUGUCUUGGGAGGAAACUAGCAAAUGAUAAAGAAGCUAGCUAUAGGACCCUUCAACCAGCCUUUCCAUUGGUGUGUUGUAGGAAUGCUCUCAAAGCAAACUGAGGCAGAAAACACUGGGUGAAGUCCUUCCAUUGAUAGCUAAUUGCUGUCUGCAUGCUGGUAUAAUGGUACAGUGGGCUACACUGCAGUUGUCCGGUCCAGCAAGAAUAGUGGAAAUGGUUUCUGCCACGGGUCAUUUGAAGUUCCACGCCGAGGUAACUUCCUUGUGUAAUGUAUGAAAACAGUGGAGUGUUACUCUGUGAAAUGGGCAGCGAUUGUGGCCUUUUUCUUUGGGCAAAACAACCUCAGAGAAAUGUGUGGUAUUUACUGGGAGAGAACUGUCGGUCAUGACGAUCUUCUUUGGAGGUGCCAACUUACUGUCCACGUCCUUGCUUGGAACAAAAGCUUUUCUGUUAGAAAUGCAAAGGAGAGGGUUCCUAAUUGCCAUCUGAUGAAGGAUCCCGCAAAUGCUCUGAAUUUGCUCCCACCAACACUCCUGUCCAAUGGAUGAAUGAGGAAAUACACUGAACUUGGUAUAGUUGUCAAACCACCAAUGAAUUGUAAGGGCUCCAAAACCAAAGCUUACCGUACAAUUAUCAGGGGUUCACCCUCUCGCGGUCAAAAUUCAGGUUUCUUUUGUUUGAUGAAAUCCUAAGGCAAUAACUUGUCUACAAAGCAUGAACCGUUGUUCUUGUAGAUUUUGUACCGUGUCAUGAUUGACCUCACUUUAGUCCAACCAAACUAGUUUGACCAGAGGUAUGGGAAGGUAGUCGUCACUUAAUUAGUUACCUUUUUAAGAUGGAAAUGUUUAACACAUGGAAUAGCUUGCUUGUCUCAUUUCCAUUAAGGUCUUGUUAUGACAUUGUUGUGCAUUGUCAUAAUAGGGCAGCUGUGACCCACAUUCCCAUGGUCUUUGAAUGACCAGCGCUUAAAGGGACAGUUCAUCCAAAUCUGUUUAAAUGCAUUUAUACUUUUAGAGCUUUUCAAUGGGUGAGAAGACUUCAGUCCACAAUUUGGAAAAAGUUAAUUUCCCUUUCCGUUUAAAAUCUUGUUUCCGACAGUCCUCUUGUUGGAAAAUCUUACAGGUUGCGAUCAAUUGUUAUUCUGUCUGACUUUGGUUUCUUUGAUCUCUCUAGAUGCGCUGGUACCCUACUCCAUCUGAAACUAACCAGCCAGGAUGGAAGUCCAGGCAGUUCUGUUAGAUAUUUAGUGAGUAUCUUUUAUACAAGUGCUUUAAUCAAAGGUUUUUCAGAACAUGCAAUAUGGAUGACAUUAAACUGAUUGAAAAAUGACAACUUUUUUUUUGUUGUCCAAUUUCCCCCUUCAGAUGUAUUUUGGGAUCCAGACCUUCUCCGUCCAGUUGAAGGAAGGUUUUACUGAGCUCAUCAUUAAUUUAAUCAGGUUUAUUUAAUGGACAAAUGUGCAUUACGGACCUAUUUAUGUUCUCUGGCUUCUCUGGAGGGGUCUGAACUGACAACACCUUGCUGUCGACAGAUUGAGCUGAUGAUUCCUUUUGGCAACUAUUCCGGUACCAUCUUAGCACUUCCAACCCUCACGCGAGCCAAGUCAAUGCAAUGGGUCAUUAUUUGCUGAAGAAAAUAACAUCCUGAAGAAGUUAUACAUUAUAAAGCUACUCCUUGGGUUAUGGCUCAGAGGUUAGAGCUGUCAUUGCAUGUUGAAGUAUUUUUGGCAUGAAUUAGAAAGCAGAGUUCUGUGUAUCCUCGUUUUUCUUAGUGCUUGUGUUGCCUCUUUACCUGGACUUAGAGUCUAGACAAUGAAUCCCCUUUGCUUCCUGUGUAUUUCUGGUCGUACAAGUGAAAGAUGGACUGUUGUGUAGAUGGCUCCUCUUGCAUGGACCUUUUAGAAUGCACCCCUAGGUUCUGACAAUCCCAGUCUCUCCCAAAAUAUCAAUGUCUAUAAAGAGUAUAUUUGAGCAUAUACAAAGUACAAGUAUUUUUGUACUUUUGUUUAAUGUAUAUUUAUGCAUUUUUUUUGUGCUAAUAAAUAAUGAUUCUGUAUAUGUUUGUUUAGGAGUAUUUUGUGUUUUGGUGGUGUUUUGAUCUAUAAUCCUGUUUAAGUACUUUAAAAAAAGUGCAAUUGUAUUUGUUUUAUGAGGGAGGUCUCCUGAAAUACUCAAGAAUUCUAAAAGUGGCCCAUGUGCCAUUUGGACUGCUAAAAAUUUGAUUGCUGAUUUUUCAGAAUGUGAAACUGGACUACAGACAUGAAGGGGUUGCUUUUGGGGGCCAUUUUUAAAUGGCCCAGUAGGAUUAGGUGGAUGGAGAAAUUUAAGUUUGCAGUUUAGAAAAUGUUUGUCUCUGUAUCUGCUGAACAUGAGAUGUACAACUGUUCCCGUUUUAUGAAUUAAACAAAGUGAAUGCA